UUAAUUUAUCAACUAACUAUUCCUAUGCUUAUAUAAUUAAUGGAAGUAAUCAUCUACGUUCAGAUCUACCAAAUUGAUAUUUUAUUGUGCUUAUUAGUCUCUCUAUGGCAUUUGAGAACAACCACAACAAUACCAAACUAACUAAACUGAGUCAUAUCUCUCAGAACCUAUCAUUAUCUACCUUAUGGAAGUCCAUAGCCAUUUCCGGUGCUCUACUUUUCUUGUUACACACAUUUGCGUUUAACCAUCCUCAUAAAAUGAUAACCCAUAAACUCUUUGCCCCUCUUGAAUUCACUUUCUCCUCCUCAGAAAUAUCCACAUCUGCGUCCUUGCAAGCAUCAAGAGAGCCUCCUACAAACAUCAGCCAUCUCCUCUUUGUAAUCGUUGGUAGUACAAAGACUUGGAGGUUUAGGAGAGGCUACAUAGAGCCUUGGUGGAGACCAAACAUCACAAGAGGCCAUGUCUUUCUAGAAAAACCACCUGGUCGUGAUCUCUUGCCUUGGCCUCAACAAUCACCUCCUUUCAUUGUUAACAAAGACUCAUCCAUCACAAACGCAAAAUUCAAGACUCAGAUCCGCCUUUUCCAAUCCCUCCAUGAGUCGUUUAACAAGGCCUCCAAGGACACGAGAUGGUUUGUGAUAGCUGAUGAUGAUACUCUCUUCUUCUUGGAUAAUCUAGUCAAAGCUCUGGAGCAGUACGACCACAAGAAACACUAUUACAUAGGGAUGAACUCAGAGAACGUUUGGUCAAACGCUAUUUUCGGUUUUGACAUGGGAUACGGAGGUGGAGGAUAUGCAUUGAGCUAUCCAACGGUAGAAACACUUCUCAAUAAAAUGGAAGAUUGUAUUGCAAGGUACCUUGGAGUUUAUAGCGAUCUUCUCUCGUUUCGUUGCUUGGCUGACUUGGGAAUCGAUCUUACUAUGAACAAAGGUAUCCACCAGAUUGAUCUGCAUGGUGACAUAUCAGGUCUCUUAUCAGCUCAUCCUCAGUCUCCUCUUAUAAGUCUCCACCAUUUCGACGUCAUAAACCCCAUAUUCCCAGCCAUGAGCCGCCAGGAAUCAGUGAACCACCUCAUGAAAACCGCGAAAACCGACCAGUCACGCAUCCUCCAACAGACAAUAUGUUACCAAAGAGGAAACAACUGGUCAGUGUCUGUAUCAUGGGGCUACUCAGUCCACGUUUACCAAUCUGUAUUACCAAGAAACUACCUGAAACGCCCUCUAGAAACGUUCCGGCCGUGGAAGAACGUUAGAAUACCUGUGUAUACAUUUAACACGAGACGGGUGACGAAUGAUCCGUGUGAGAUGCCUCGUCAGUUUUUCUUUGAGUCGGUUGUAGAGGACAAGAACCAAAGCUUGGUUACUACUAUGUACAAGGUGAAAAUGCUUGGUAGUUUACCUCCUUGCUUGCCAAAUGUGAAUCAAUCUGCUGGUAAUAUUUCACAAGUCCGAGUCAUCGCUGCUACUAUGCACAAGAUGGGUGAAGGAAUCGAGUGCUGCGAUGUGGAAAACGUUAGCAGUUCAGAAACUUUGGAAGUGAAGAUAAGAGCUUGUCACAAAGAUGAAGUUCUUGCUUAGGCCAUAUGUCUAGUGAGCUGUAUUGAAUCUGGAAUUUAUUGAUGAUAUGAUGUAUUACUUCUAGUUGCAGUGAAAUAGACCGUGAGAAUGUCAAUUCAAAACCCACCUCUGCCCAAUGAGGAAUCAAAGAGGUUU